AUGCCGGCUGACCCUGGGCCCGAGGUGGGCAGUGGCUGGCCAGGCCUCCUCAUGUCCUGCCUGAAGGGCCCCCAUGUCAUCCUCAAGAUGGAGGCCAUGAAGAUUGUUCACCCUGAGAAGUUCCCCGAGCUGCAGGCGGCUGCCGCUUGCUUCCCACCUGCACCGAGGCCCACCCCUGCUCUGGCACCCAAACGCGCCUGGCCCUCAGACACAGAGAUCAUCGUCAACCAGGCGUGUGGGGGGGACAUGCCCACCUUGGAUGGGGCGCCCCGCACCCCUCCGUUGCCACGACGGCCCCGAAAGGGCAGUGUGGAGCUGGGCUUCCCCCGCGUGGCGCCAGCGGACGAGGUCAUUGUGAAUCAGUAUGUGGUGCGGCCCGGCCCUGCCGCCUCGGGGCCCCCCGCCACGGCGGCACCGGCUUCAGGUGAGCCCCUGGAGUGCCCCACCUGCGGGCACACGUACAACGUCACCCAGCGGCGGCCCCGCGUGCUGUCCUGCCUGCACUCCGUGUGUGAGCAGUGCCUGCAGAUUCUCUAUGAGUCCUGCCCCAAGUACAAGUUCAUCUCCUGUCCCACCUGCCGCCGGGAGACUGUGCUCUUCACGGACUACGGCCUGGCCGCACUAGCCGUCAACACGUCCAUUUUGAGCCGCCUGCCACCCGAGGCACUGACCGCCCCAUCCGGGGGCCAGUGGGGGGGCGAGCCGGAGGGCAGCUGCUACCAGACCUUCCGGCAGUACUGCGGGGCCGCGUGCACCUGCCACGUGCGGAACCCGCUGUCCGCCUGCUCCAUCAUGUAG